AUUCCGUGGUAUCCGGAUAACUACUUCCGGUAUAGAAAAAAAUCAACCUUGGAUUGCGUUUAGGUGUUUAUUUCGGCUUCUCGUUGUCAGAGAAGAUCUAUGUUUUAAAACAAAAUAGACAAAUGGAUAAACCAACUGAAAGUAAUCCACCUGAUGGCGUUGAAAUAAAGCUGUCACGUGGUUCCACUGGUCUGGGCUUUAACAUACGAGGUGGUGUUGAUAAUCCUCACAUACCAGGAGAUUCUGGGAUAUUUGUAACAAAAGUUAGGGAAAAUGGUGCUGCUUUUGUUGACGGACGACUCAAAGAAGGAGAUAAGAUAUUAUCGAUAAAUGGGAAAAGUUUGAUAAGCGUGACUCACGAGGAUGCUGUACAGUGUUUUACGAGGGCCAAAGAUGAAGUUGUUUUACGGGUUCAACAUGGAGCCCAAGCAGAAAUAUUGAAGAAAAGGUCUCAAGAGAAACAAGCAGAAAGUGGCAGCCCCGGAGAUGACUCGUCAUCCAGCAUGGGAAUAUAUUUAGCUAUAGGGGUUGUUGUAGUUGGACUAGCACUUGGUGGUGUUUUUGCUUACAAAAAAUUUUCAAAAGGUUUUGUUAGCUACCGAUGAAUUUGGUGCAAUUUAGAAAACUACUCAAAUUGUUGUGUUAGAGUUGAAAGCAAAUAAAUAAUUUACAUUUUACAAAGAUUGCAAAGACAAGUAAGUAAGUUGAAGUUCCAAAACAAAUUCAAUACUAUACAUGUAUACUGAUAUUUCAAAUGUUUGGUUUAUCCCCACCUAAUGAGGAAAAGGAAAGGUUUAUUCCCUAUAUAUUUUUUAGAAGAAUAAGUAAACACAGAGUCAAUAUGACAUGCAUAUCUUCUCUUUCUUUAUAUUGGCCUUACAUUUAAAUGUGUAUUAUUUUAAAACACAACUGUUUUUUUAUUAAUGUAAAGAUUUAAAAUUUGAAAAUUAUGAAUUCAGUUUUUUUUUAGAGUUAUUAAAGGAGAUGUUUUUUUACUAUUAUUCAUUAUGAAUCAUUUUUCACAUUUCGUCAUCCUGUUAUUCCCCUGUGAUAGUUAAAACUUAUUUAUAUAAUUAUGAUUUGUUUUCUCUCUGCUAAAUUUUGAAUUCAAAUUUCUAUAUUUUUGUUUCCUGAUGAAUUAAUUGAUGAAUUAAUAUUUGUAUCAAAUUUCAACUUUUAGUAGUUGGAUUUUUGUGAUUUCAUUAACGGUCUUUUAAUUUCAGUUAAAAUGAUUAUGUAAUGCCACAUAAUUUCUGGGGAAAUAUUAAUUUGUUUUCACCAAUAUUAUAAACUUGAAAUGAGUUUAAAAAUGUCAAAAACAUUUAAUUGUUUGUUACUUUGGAAUUUUGGUUUUAUUUGUGUUAAUAACCAAGAGACAAAAAGAAAUAAGAAGUUGAUUUUGUUGUUGAGAUGACGGGUUUUUUGGCGUAAAAUUAUUUGUAUUUGUAUGGAAGUAAUAUAAGGAUGUUAAGAUCAGUUCAUGGGCAUAUAUAGACUUAAUUACUCUGAACCCUUUCAUAUAUCAGUACUAGAGAAUCAUACUACAGGGUCCAUUUACAUCCAGAUAUUUUCUCUGUCCGCCUAAUCAUGACAGCUAAAUUUGAGUAAUGGAUGUGAACAGCUUUAAAUCCUGAGCAUCUCAAUAUCAUAUUGAUGUCCUUGGCCACACAUAUUCAGGGUUAUUAUUUAACAGUUUCUGAAUGAGGCCAUCAUUUUUGGUUUUUACACAUACAAAAAAAGAGGAUUUUCUAAAUUUCAAGGUGGCCCUAAAUGCAUUUAAGGCAGUCAUUUUGGCCUACAGCCGCCCCCUAACGACAACCCUGCAUUUUUCCAAUGGAAUUUAGAAUUAUGUGAUUAGACAAUCACAUAUUUGAAAUGGCAGAUGUAAGAUUUAAUGUAGCUUUUCAUAAAAAAAAUUUUCAUUUGAGCAUAAAGACUGUCUCAUUGGCUGCCUCAUAUUUACUUGUGAUUGACUUUUGAAAUGAAAUACAUUGUACUAUAUAAAUCCAGAUUUUUAACAUUGUAACAGUGUCAACAAAUAGAGCAUAUCCCUUGAAGUUUUGUUGGUGUGUCUAGGUUUAAGUCAUACUUAGCUCUGUCAAAUGGAAGAUAAUUAUAUAUUUGUUCUGUAUAAAAAUUAAACUUGCAACCUCAAUUUUCACACACUGCUGUAUACCUAGAUAAUUAUGUGCAUGCUACAGACAAAAGUGAUAUGGAUAUCGUUUUUCUUUUGCACUAUUGUAUGUUUUAAAGAUGUUAACUAUUUUGGUUUGCUCAUAUUGUUUUUUCUUUCUAAUUUAUUUGCAUAGAAGUGCUAUUAUCACUCUGACAAACUCCAUGUUUGUUUGUGUUUGUCUUAUAAUAUAUUGACAUUGUAUAAUUGUAAACUAAACACAACUGUGUAACAAUUAAGUAAAGGUACAACAGGGACAUGUUAAGGGGCUCAUUACAACUGUCAACAAUAAGUAAUAAUGUUGAGGUUAUGUCCUAUGAAAAUGUGAGUGAACCUUUCUUUGGUAUUUUUUUUUAAAGCUUCAAAUAUGGAUACCUUCAUUUCAUAAUUGAAGCUCUUAUUUUCUAAUUUAUCAGAGAAACCUUUUCAUUAAAAGAUAAAAAGAACAAAAUUUGUGGUAGGUCAAGUGUAAUAAAGUCGUAAAUGUUUUAUGUGUAAAUGUUUAAACUAGUUAGCAGUAUUUGUUUGACUUUUUUGCUUUGAUUAUUUUGUUCUGUGCAACAGAAUUUGAUAUUUGAAAGUCCAGAUGUUUUUUGUUUUAAUAUUUUUGGCAUGAAUUUUAUUAAAUUUUCAGUUCUUGGAUUAUACCAUUAGUGACUGAAGUAUACAUUCUCUAUGUAAUUCAUGUUUAGUAAUCAUAAGUAAUACUUUAAAGUAAUAUGUAGACCACAUAGCAUAGGACCUAGCAUUACCAGCUUGCUGAUCAAUUAGUUUUACUUUUCAUUCAAAUCAUACUUACCAAUGUAGAUUUAUUUAAGAUAUUAUUCCGUACUACCUUGCAAAAAUAGUUUAGGAUUAGAAUUUUGCUUAGUUUGUAUAUUGAUCACAAUUGCAAGACAUACAAUAAUAAUUUUAUAGUCAUGCAUUACGAGCAUAGCUUAAUUUUCUGAUAAACUUUCAUACCGGGUAAUUUGUUUUAUUGGUUGAUAUUCUUACAAAUAUGAAUCAGUUAACCCUUUGAUAUUUAUAUAGAUAAUAUUGAUUGAAUAAUAAUACUUUUUGUUUUGCUUCCAAAUAUUUUCAUUUCUGAAAUGAUUGUUGGGAAAGGGUUAAGGUACUGUGCCAUUUAUAUUUUUUAUUUUUUGUCUGUUUUGUGAACUUAAAAUUACACUAUGCAUAAUUUGAAGUUGAUUUGUUAAAGACUUGUUUAAUUUAUAUGGUAUUUGAAUAAUAAUAACAACCCAGCUCUGAUUUAUUGUGUACUAACAUAGAUUUCAUGAAAGAAGAGUGAUUGUUUUACAAAAAAAAUAAAAAUGUUUGUAAUGUAAUUGUACAUGUUCUGUGUAGUUGAUUUAAAAUGAAAUGUAUCGGGUCCAGAUAUUCUUAGACAGGAAGUAAAAUCUGAUUUUGACUUUCUGGUCUAUUUUUAUCUGAAGCUUUUCUUAACUUGGCCUAAUGAUAUUUAUAUAUAGAAAAUUCUUAAAAAAGAAUCCUCUUGUCAGGACAGACUUUGAGACAACCUGGGCAAUACGGACAAUUAAUUUUGCUUCCCCUGGACUCUCUAAGCAUGAUUCAACAUCAACUGAUGCUUUCAGAAUAUGAGUUUGUAUACUAUGUUACUAUAUUGAUUAUUUGUAAUUAAAUAACAAUAAAAGUGUGUUUUGUUGUGUUCAGGCAAGUCUAAGUGUGAUUGAUGUGUACCACAUUCCAUCAAUAAAAGUUUUGUUUGAUGUUUAAUUGUGUAAAACAGUUAUUAUCUUUUCAGGAAGUUUCGUUAACACAACUUUCGAGCAGUUUCAUGUAAGAAUUUUUUUCUGGAAUAAUACAGGCGGUCCUUCAUAAAUAUUUAUUUCAAUACCCUAAAAUCUGAAGAUUGAAUUCUGUCUCAAACUGGAACUAAAGGGCACGUGUUGUGUAUGUUUUUUAUUUGAUAAUUUUACACUUCACAUGAUCACACAAACUUUGUAAGCUUCACUCUUAUGUGCUCACAGGGAAAUUGCGAAGUCCUCUCUUCAGAAUUUGUACUUAUGUUGAUUCUGUUUUUGUAACGUUUUGUCUCAUUUUAGUUUCUGAAAGGUUAAUUUGCUCUGUUUAGAAGAAAGCUUCAUUGCGUGUUUGAAUACAACAUUAAAUAAAAUACUGGAACAUGUAUAUUAAAGAAUCAGUGUUCUGAAAUUAUUUUGUUAUGCAACUAAAUAAGCAAGUACUAUAUACAAAUUUAAGUUUUAAAUGUUGUGAAUGAAAUUAUACAUAUCACAUUUAAGAGAAAAUAUUAAGUGUUGACUUGUAAUUUGUCUGUUCUGUUGGUAAAAGAUAUUAAUUAUUAUAAAUAUAGCAAACAAAUUGGAGAUAUACCAGCUGUGAUCAUUGUUUAUGCGUUUUGUCUUGAAGGGAACUAGAAAUAAUAACUCCUUUAUGUCCAGUCAGUCCAUUCAAAUAACAUUUUUAUACGGUAUAACCCGGUAGAUUGUAGAGUGUUUUAUGAAGGCUUUGUGCAUACCUUAAACAGUUACCUCCAGUGGGCUUUUCAUAUCCAAAAUUGCUGUAAGGAGUGUUGUUAUGUCAAUAUUGAUCUACAUAAUUAUUAUUUAUAUAUAUUAUAGAUAUAUCUUCGGACCCCAUACAUACUGCACAAAGUAGAUUCGAUCAAUUUCAUGCUUUGCAGAGUUAAGAUUGUUGGUAUAUGCCCAUACAGAACUCUUGUAGAACAAAUGUAGUAUGUGUUAUAUAUUGGAAUAACUGCUUUGUGUUUAUUCUUUGUAAAUUGUUUAUAAUCACAGAGAAUAAAUUUUAACUUAAAGGCA